AUGUCUGAGCUAACGACUCGAUCGGGGAGGCGAGCAGCAACUCGGAGAAAUAUUAUCAUUGAAUCUGAUAUGGAAGAGGAAGAGGAGGUUCCUAAAUCUAGCGGCGAAGAAAUGAGUGAAGAUAAUUUUAAUCCAGCCAUGAAAAAAAAAAUAUCCCGCAAGGUCCCUCAAACUCGUCGGAAGACUACGAAUACAACAAUAGUUACGCCAAAGACUGGUAGUCGUACAAGGAAUAUAGUAACUAAGGCUAAUGUUAACCCAAUUAAAUCACCAAAUAUAGAGAACGCCGAAAAUUUAUGCCCAGAAUCUCCCAGAAAUCAGGGUUUAGCUCAGGAAAUAAAAAUUGAAAGCCCUUCCAUAUCUCGUCAAGUUUCUGUACCGCUAAUAUCUCAGUCUCUACCAACUCCGGAGCCUUCGAUGUCGCCAGAGCCUGCGAAACUAAACCAGAAAUUAUUUAUAAACUCACCUGUUUCUACUCUUGGACUAACAAAAAAGAAAGACUUGGGGGAAAGAACUCAAAUCUCUACGGAAAAAUUUUUCGAAAAGUCUCCAGAAAUAGACCUCAAGCCGAGAUCCACGGCCACAACGACUACGGAGGCAACAACCCAGAAACCCCGAAUGGUAAUAACCUAUCUAAUUCUUACUAAUUUUAAGAGCUAUGCUGGUCGACAGGAAGUUGGCCCGUUUCACACAUCUUUUUCCUCUGUUGUAGGUCCUAAUGGCUCAGGGAAGUCUAAUGUAAUUGAUUCUCUUCUUUUUGUGUUUGGUUUUAGAGCUAGCAAGAUGCGGCAGGGAAAGAUCUCCGCUCUUAUACACAAUUCUGCUGCACACCCUAAUCUUGAAUACUGUGAGGUUGCAGUACAUUUCCAGGAAGUUAUGGACCAGUUAAAUGGAUCCACUACUGUUAUUCCUAACUCAAAUUUAGUGAUAUCUAGACGCGCUUUCAAGAAUAACGCAAGUAAAUAUUUCCUCGACGAUAAAGAGUCAAACUUUACAACAGUAACAACACUUCUCCGAGAGCGAGGGAUUGAUCUCGAUCACAAACGGUUCCUUAUUCUCCAAGGUGAAGUUGAAUCGAUCGCUCAAAUGAAACCUAAGGCUGCAAAUGAACAUGAUGAUGGUCUCCUUGAGUAUUUGGAAGAUAUUAUUGGAACCUCAAAAUAUAAGAUACCCAUUGAAGAAUCAGCCGUUGAGGUGGAGACUUUCAACGAAAUUUGCAUCGAAAAGCGGGGACGUGUUCAGCACGUUGAAAAGGAGAAGAAUAACCUAGAAGAUAAAAAAAAUACAGCACUCUCAUACAUUCGAGACGAAAAUUCAUUAUCUAUAAAAAAAUCUGCACUCUAUCAAGUAUAUAUUCAUGAAUGCAGCAAUAACUUGUCUGUUACAGAGGAAGCCAUCGCAGAAAUGCAAGCCCAACUUGAUAUCGAGCUAGGGAAGCAUCAAGGGAAUGAGGAAGAGAUAAAAGCAUUAAAAAACCAGUACGAAAAAAAUCGGAAAAUUUGUGAGAAAAUUGAGAAAGAUGUGCUCGGAAUUUCGAAGGAAAUGGCUCGUCUCGAUCAAGAGCAUGUAAAGUACGCGGAGAAAAGACGGUUUCUUGCACUCAAGAUCACAAAGGCGGAGAAAACCAUUAACGAUAGCAAAUCUGCUGCAAAUAUUGCCGAAUCCGACAUUAUAAAUUGUUCAGCUGAAAUUGAUAGCGCUUCUCAGAAGCUAAUAGAGACCGAAAAGCAGCUUGUUUUAGAUCAGAAAGAACUUUCAAUUAUUCGAGAAAGUCUUAAAGGCAAGACUCAGAUAUUUUCUGAUCAAAUUGUAGUCAAACAAAAAUCUUUGGAACCCUGGAAUGAGAAAAUUAAUCAGAAGCAGUCAGCAAUUGCUGUUGCUGAGAGUGAGCUCGCUAUACUUAACGAAAAAGCCACCGCUGGUAGUGUUGCUAUCGAAGAAACUCAGACAAAAAUAGCUAGUAUUCAAACAGUUUGCAACGAAAAAGCAGCUGAGUUAGAGAAAUGUAAAUUUGAGCGAUUGGAACUAGAAAAAAAAGCGAAAAUCGUUCAGGCCGAACUGAAUAAUAUAAUUAAGAAUGGUCCAAAUAUUCGAUCUAGGCUGUCAAGUGCUCGUCAGAAAGCAGAAGAUGCACGUGCAAGUCUUUCAAAUACCCAGACGCAAGGAAAUGUCCUCACAGGCUUAAUGCGACUCAGGGAAUCUGGUCGUGUUGACGGCUUCUAUGGCCGUCUUGGAAACCUUGGGACAAUUGACAAGAAGUACGAUAUUGCGAUAUCCACAGCGUGUAGCGCGCUGGAUCACUUCGUGACGGAUACCGUAGAAGCAGGACAACAAUGUAUCGAGUACCUAAGAAAAACAAAUCUAGGUCGAGGUAAUUUUAUUUGCUUGGAUAAGCUAAGAAGUGCAAACCUAGCUCGGAUUGAAACACCCGAAAAUGCACCCCGUUUAUUUGACCUAAUUACGGCCAAAGAUGAAAAAUUCCGGUCCGCAUUCUUUUAUUCCCUGCAAAAUACCCUUGUGGUUCAAGAUCUUGCACAGGCCAAUAGAAUAGCUUACGGCGCGAAGCGAUGGCGUGUAGUGACGUUGGAUGGUCAACUAAUUGACAAGUCUGGGACUAUGUCUGGUGGUGGGAACGCUGUUAAAAAGGGACUGAUGUCUUCAAAGUUAAUCGCAGAGACUACCAAGGAUCUGGUUCUAGAAUUAGAAUCAGAUCGAGAUUCUCUUGAACAAGAUUUUCAAAAUCAUCAAGUUCGUCAAAGGGAGCUUGAAGCUACCUCGCGAAAUAUACAAGACAGAAUCCCUCAACUAGAUACUAAAAUGCAGAAAUUAGACUUAGAGAUAGAUAGUUAUGCGAAAAACUUGGCAGAUUCACAGCGGCGUAUUCAAGAGUUAAACAAGGAGCAUCAGUCGCCUCAGAGUGAUGACGGCCGUGCGUUAUCUUUGAAGAAAGAUAUUAUAACGCUAAAUAAGGAAAUCAAAAAAUUACGCAGUGAAACUUCUAGUGUCGAGAUGGAGAUAAAAUUGCUUCAAGAUAAGAUCAUGGAAGUUGGGGGUGAGAAGCUGCGAGCACUCAAGGUCAAGGUAGAUACAGUAAGAGAAGAAAUCGGUAAAAUAGGAGAACAAAUAUCAACUGCCGAAGUCAAGCGGGCCAAAGCUGAAAAGCACAAAGUAAAACAUGAAAAAGAUCAAGCAAAAGCGGUCAUGGACUUUGAGUCGGCAACGACAGAGCUAGAAUACUUAGAAAUUGAAAUUCAGAGCGAAAGUUCCAGUGUAAAGGGCCACCAGGCGGAAAUAGAUGAAGCGCAAAAAUCUCUGGAAGUUAAAAAGGAAGAGCUAGAUUCUUUAAAAUCCAACUUGGACGAAAAAACUGAGGCCCUUAACAUGAUCCGAGCUUCAGAAAUUGAAAUGCGUAAUAAACUCGAGGAAAAUCAGAAGGUACUAGGCGAAAAUAAGAAUCGAUUAAAAUAUUGGAAGGAAAAAAUAGAGAAGCUAUCUCUUCAAAAUAUAAGUGAUUUUGGAGAGGAGUCGGAAUUUCAGGAUUUUCCCGAAUAUACCAAGGACGAACUAGCUGACAUUGACAAAGAGGCCCUUAAAAGUGAUAUUGCAGCACUUGAAGAGAAGACGCAGAAUGUCAACGUGGAUCCUGGAGUUCUAACCGAAUACCGUAAAAGGGUUGAAGAGUAUGCGUCGAGGAACUUGGACCUUCAAAGUGCUUUAGCUCAACGUGAUGCUGCCAAAAAACGAUGUGACGAAUUACGCCAUCUGCGUCUUCAAGGGUUUAUGGAAGGAUUUAGUACCAUUUCGCUUCGUUUGAAGGAAAUGUAUCAGAUGAUUACAAUGGGUGGCAAUGCCGAACUUGAACUCGUCGAUUCCCUUGAUCCGUUUUCGGAAGGUAUUCUCUUUAGUGUCAUGCCCCCAAAGAAAUCUUGGAAAAAUAUAUCCAAUUUAUCAGGUGGUGAGAAAACACUGAGUAGUCUUGCUCUUGUAUUCGCACUACAUCACUAUAAGCCAACGCCCCUUUAUGUCAUGGACGAGAUCGAUGCAGCGCUAGAUUUUAGAAACGUCUCCAUUGUUGCAAGUUACAUCAAAGAAAGGACAAAAAAUGCUCAAUUUAUUGUAAUCUCUCUGCGAAAUAACAUGUUUGAAUUAGCAACACGCCUAGUAGGGGUUUAUAAGGUCAAUAAUAUGACGAAAAGCGUAACAAUUGAGAAUAAAGACUACAUUAACGGAGCCAAAUGA